GGGGUGAGUCUGGGGGGUAAUGGGGGUGAGUCUGUGGGGGGUUGCACCUAAUACUGUUGCCCCAUUCCAUACAAGUCAGUGGGGUAGAACUGGUCACUCUCUGCCCCCUGUGCCCCCAGGUUAGCCUGCGUGUGCCGCCGCUGGUACCAAGUUGCUUCCAGUCCUGACCUGUGGGCCCGGGUCUCCAUUGGCUUCUGUUGGGCCAAUCCGGGCAAGAGGCAGUCGCCAAGUACGCAAAGCCGAAUCCGAGGGACGCUGAAAUGGCUCAUACAGGAAAGGCUGUCUCUCUUGUCAGAGUUCUCGCUGCAUCACUGGAAGGAGCAGGUCCCGUUUGUAGUGAAGACCCUGGCUGCCUCCUGCCCCCGCCUCUCUGCUCUUACCCUCUCUCACUGCAGUGGAGUCAGCGCCGAUGUCCUUGUCACUGCCGCCCGAAACUGCCCCGACCUGCUCAGCCUGAACCUGCAGAACUCCCAGGUAGAAUCCGUGCUGGGAGCCCUGGGGGUGUGUGGCCCCCGCCUGCAGAGACUCUUCCUCACCUUCAGCAGUCGACUGAGUGCCAUCCUGAGCAGUCUAACGAGUGGUUCCUGCCCAGAGCUGCGAGUGUUGGAGUUGAACACAGAAAUGAAACAGGGUGAGAGUCACCUGCAGAUUUGUAUCGAGACCCUACAAACUGGGUGUCCAAAACUUGAGGUGCUUCGGCUCCUCAAUCUGGUAUGGUCCCCAAAGUCUGGGGGGUGCCGUGCGUCGGAGUCGCGGGGGUUUGAGCACCUCCAGGAGCUGUGCCUCGCCACCUCCUCCUAUUCCUUUGUGAGCGACUCGGUGUGUCAGAGACUCCUGUGUGACUCCUCCCACCUGAAAAUCCUGGAUCUCAGGGGCUGUUACCGGGUCACCCCCCAUGGUAUCUGUCAGCUGCCCUGUGUGGACCUUGAGCGACUGUACCUCGGCAUAUACUGCAGCACCAAGAACCUGGCAUUGCCCCGCACUGGUUGCACUCUAAUUGCCCGCCGGUGGCAGCACAGCCUGCAGGAGCUGGACAUCACCGCACAGAAUUACAAGGAGGAGGAUCUGGCGCAGGCACUUUCCAUACUGUCCACCGGAGGGAGCCGCCUCCGUUCCCUUAACCUGGCGGGGACAAAGAUCAUGGCUCCAGCUCUCAGGGAGUUGCUCUCUGGUUGCCCCGCUCUCUCACACCUGGACUUGUCGUCAUGCCGAUACCUCCCGAGGGGCAUGAAGCACGUCUACCGAGGGGAGGCAGAUAUCCGCCAGUGCCUUGGGGGGCUUACUCAGGACUUAGACACAGACUAAUGUGUAAGAUUUGCCCCUGGGAGGGGUAGAUACUUGGAUUACUAUUGUGACCCAUUUUGGGGUUAAAAGAGGACAUUUGGGACCAAUCAUGUGAGCAGAAGGUGUGGCCCUUGGUCUGUGAUACUGAGUUCUGAUUGGUCUGGUUUUGCUGUUGGAGGAACCCAGGAAGAGACGGACGCGGCUGGAGAAUUGGGUCAAGGACCAACCAGUGUUUGUGCCCCCCCUGUGGGAGGAGUCAUUAUCAUGUGACAAAGGGAAUGAAAGGCUCCAGGGCAGUGUGGGCGGCACCCAGGUCAUACCACGUGCCAAUGAGAUUAAAGGGGCAGUUCACCUUCCAAA